GCAACCGGCGCGGCGGCACCGCGGCGGCGGCUCUGGGGCUCCGGGGCUCCGGGGCUCCGGGGCUCCGGACCGGGCGGGAGGAACGGAGCGAGGGACGGGGGCGAACCGCGCUCCCUCCCCGGGCAGCAGAUCGCCUUCUGCACGGGAGCGAUGCAGCCCCCGGAGCCGGGUCGGGCCGGCGGAGGCCCUUCCAAUGGUACCUGGUGGCCCAACUCCAGUGCCAACCACCUCCUGAGGGAGAACUCCACCUUCCUGGCGUACUACCAGCACUCCUCCCCCGUGGCUCUCAUGUUUAUCCUGGCCUACACCUUCAUCUUCCUCAUGUGCGUGAUCGGCAAUGUCCUGGUGUGCUUCGUGGUGGUGAAGAACCGCCAGAUGCGCACGGUCACCAACAUGUUCCUCCUCAACCUGGCCAUCAGUGACCUGCUGGUGGGCAUCUUCUGCAUGCCCACCACCCUGGUGGACAAUCUCAUCACAGGUUGGCCCUUUGACAACAUCAUGUGCAAAAUGAGCGGCCUGGUGCAGGGCAUGUCCGUCUCCGCCUCUGUUUUCACGCUGGUCGCCAUUGCUGUGGAGAGGUUUCGCUGCAUCGUCCACCCCUUCCGGCAGAAGCUGACACUGAGGAAAGCCCUGCUGACCAUCGCCAUCAUCUGGGUGCUGGCCCUGCUCAUCAUGUGCCCUGCUGCCGUCACCCUGACUGUCACCAGGGAGGAGCACCACUUCAUGGUGGACACCUACAACAACUCCUACCCUCUCUAUUCCUGUUGGGAGGCCUGGCCUGAGACAGGGAUGAGGAGGAUCUACACCACCGUCCUCUUCUCCCACAUCUAUGUGGCUCCCCUCGCCCUCAUCGUCAUCAUGUACGCCCGCAUCGCCUUCAAGCUCUUCAAGUCAGUGGCGCCCGCCCAUGGCGGAGAGGAGACGGAGGGGAGGAGGAUCUCCCGGAGGAAGGCCAAGGUCAUCAACAUGCUCAUCAUUGUUGCCCUCUUCUUCACCAUCUCCUGGCUGCCCCUCUGGACGCUGAUGUUGCUGACGGAUUACGGGCAGCUGAGCGAGGGCCAGCUGCGCCUGCUCACCGUCUACGUCUACCCGUUCGCCCACUGGUUGGCCUUCUUCAACAGCAGCGCCAACCCCAUCAUCUACGGCUACUUCAAUGAGAACUUCCGCCGGGGCUUCCAGGAGGUCUUCAGGGCCCCGCUCUGCUCGCUCCACAGCCAGCGCAGGCCCUACACCCCCCGCAGCCACGCUCAUAGGACCCUCUUCGGCACUCGCAACCGCAUCUUCACCCAGGUGCGAACCAGCGACUCACCAGCCGUGUCCGAGUCAGGGCCACUGGCCCCGCGCCACGCUGGUGCCCCUGCGUGGGACGGCUGAGGAGCUGUGGCCACCAAACCCCUCUGGACCAAGGGCUUGUGGGGUGGGGAGUGGGGACUUGCCACAUUAUGGCCACGAGACAUGGAAAUAAAGGUGUGUCCUACUGCUGC